UACAUAUUUAUUUUUUUAUAUCUUGUGUUUCACGUGUGAUGGCUAAUGUGUCAUCGGCUGAUGUGGGAGUUUUGUUUCUCAUCGUGGUGACAGCAUCUUUGGCAAACGGUUCCUCAUCGAGUAAAGAUGUGAGCCAGAGGAGGGAGGUGGAAGCAGUUAAGAUGAACGGGCUCCUGCCCCGCGGUGUGGACGGCCUCGCCGGUGUCGCCUCUCAGGGUGAAGCUCAGCCGUGCUCAGCCUGUGACCCACAGGCGGCCAGGAAGCGUUCAAAGAGAUGCACGUGUUACACUUACAAAGACAAGGAGUGUGUGUAUUACUGCCACCUGGACAUCAUCUGGAUCAACACACCAGAGCACACUGUACCAUAUGGUAUGUCCAGUUACCAGGGUUCCCUGCGUGUGAGGCGCUCCACUGGAACAAAACAGGGGAGGAAGUGGGCGGUGGCCCAGCGCUGUGUGUGUGCACAGCAGACUGACUCUCACUGCAGCAGCUUCUGCAUGAACAGCAGGCAAAGGAGGCCACCCCCUGCAGCGCUUGAAAUAGACAAGAGGACAGCAUCCCUGGGCAGUGGGCCUGUUACAAAAUGAACAUAUCAGUGACAUGCUCAUAACCUGAAAGGUGGACAUGCGUUGUCUUAACAUAUGGCAUCCCCAUAUAUGGUGCCUUGUCAUCAGACUGGUGGAUGAAUAACGGCGGAGCUGCUUGUACAAAAACAAAAGAUAGCAAAACUAAAGGUGGGGGAGCCUGCAGGAAAACUGACGGAGUGCGAGCUCACAGCGCUCUCUGCCUUUGUCUGUGUGGCAGGUGUGGACAGUGUUUUUUAUUAUCUCGUCACAACUGAGGACAGUUUACUUGGCCAGCUCAUGUUGACAGCGAAGGACUUUGGUAGAGCUCACACAUGUCUGUGCCACGUGAUGAAGAUGAGGAUAAGGACUGUUAAAAUUUCACCACAAGUAACUUAUCGCACAGCCGUGUUUUCUCCGCAGGGACGUUAUUUAAUCACAGCCAGUAACUCAGCAUAUUUGUUUUUAUAAAAUAACAACUUGUCACAGGCACUGAAAUGUCGAAAAUGUUACUUUUUUGGGAACACUUCAUAAUAAUCAUCAUUAAUAAAUGGUAGAUUGAUUGUUGAAAUUUAUUGCUGCAAACACAAUAUUUUAUAUAUACAUUAAGUAUUUGUUAAUGUUUAAUAAUAACUUGUUAACAGUCUAUAAAUGUGAUUUGGGUGGCCAUUUUAAAGUUGUAAUGCUUAUAGAUGCACUAUACAGUGUUUAUUAGCCAUUUAACAAGGUAUUAUAAUCCAAAUAAUGUUUAUAGACCAUUUACAAACAAAUUAUUAACCAUUAACACAAAUGUAAUACAAUACAUAAACUGUUAAAAUGUGUACAACAGUAACUGUUGAAUUCUAGCAUUACUUACAAUUAGUAAAUCUGAUUAAUUAUCAUUUCAAUUGUUUGUUAACCGUAAAAUGAAUAUUAACUAAAGUUUAAUGAGCUACCAAUUUACCCUUUAUUAAUGGUGGUUAUUAUAAAGUGUUUCUUUUUAAGGUUGUUUUCUCAUGAACGGAGUUAGUUCCAGCAGUAAUUAUUGAAAGCAUGCAGUUCUCAACAUUUAAGUGAAUUCCUUUACUUUUCUGUGGGAUUUAUGGAGGUAGAGGAACUGGAAACAAAAAAAAAGAAGCAAAACUCAUUUUGCAGUAUGUUUUUUUACAAAGCUGUAUCUAAGUCUUGUGUAUAUGAAAUGUGUGUCACUAUAUAUAGGCUAUAAAUUAUAUUUUCGUACAGUACCUACAUGUACAAUAAAGGUGUAUUAUAAGAUGUUGUAUAUAGAAUUAUAUAUAUGUGAAUAUAUCAGCUUGCUGUCUGUGGUAAAGAACACAGUCAAGUCAAAGUUGCAGUGGACCAUACUGCAAAUUUAUGGUACACAUUAUUUAUCAUCUGUUUUUUCUUGUAUGAAUUGUGCCUCCAACUAAUUCCCCAAUAAACCGGCCAUCUGUCCAGUGAAGGUGUUGAUAAGAA